UGAAGGGAGUGAGACCCCCGUGCGCCCCUCGGAUGAACUAACUCCCAAUGAGAAAGAGGAAAAGAUGGAGCUUCACAUCUUAGAACACCGGCUGAAAGUGGCCAGCAUAGCCAAGGAGAGCGUGCCUCUGUUUACCUACGGGCUCAUCAAACUUGCCUUCCUGUCCUCCAAGACCAGGUGCAAGUUCUUUAGCCUGACCGAGACGCCAGAGGAUUACACCAUCAUCGUGGAUGAAGAGGGCUUCCUGGAGCUACCAUCCUCAGAGCAACUCAGUGUGGCCGACGCAACGUGGCUAGCCCUGAACGUCGUGUCCGGUGGGGGAAGCUUCUCCAGUUCUCAGCCCAUCGGGGUGACCAAGAUCGCCAAGUCGGUGAUUGCCCCGCUGGCCGACCAGAAUAUCUCUGUGUUCAUGCUUUCUACCUAUCAGACGGACUUCAUCUUGGUACGCGAGAGGGACCUGCCCUUUGUCACACACACCUUGGCAGCUGAAUUCACCAUCCUUCGGGUCGUCAAUGGGGAGACGGUAGCAGCCGACAGCCUGGGCAUCACCAACGGCUUUGUGAAACCCAAGAUGGUUCAGAGGCCGGUCAUUCACCCUCUCUCCAGCCCCAGUAACAUGUUUUGUGUCACCAGCCUGGAUCCUGACACGCUCCCCACUGUGGCCACACUCCUGAUGGAUGUCAUGUUUUACUCCAAUGGAGUGAAGGAGGCCGUGGUAAGCAAUGAGGACUGUGGCCACAUCCGUUUCUUCUCCUUCUCCUUGAUCGAAGGCUACAUCUCUUUAGUGAUGGAUGUGCAGACCCAGCAGAGGUUCCCAAAUAAUCUGUUGUUCACGAGCGCAUCCGGAGAGCUCUGGAAGAUGGUGCGGAUUGGAGGACAGCCCCUCGGCUUUGAUGAAUGUGGGAUCGUCGCGCAGAUCUCCGAGCCUUUGGCAGCUGCCGACAUCCCCGCCUACUACAUCAGUACUUUUAAGUUUGACCAUGCGUUGGUACCAGAAGAAAACAUCAAAGGUGUCAUCAAUGCCUUGAAAGUCAGUCAAGCAGAGAAGCAUUAGACGCUCCCCAUCCUUCCCCUCUCCCUGCCCCGCUCCAGAUCCUCCCCGUGCUCCCCCCCGCCUCCAUCCCCCGCCCUCACCCCCCAACAUUCUUCUUGCAGUAUUUCAUAAACCAGUAAACGGUCCAUAGAGACCCCCACGGACAGAGCCAGCAAGGCAGGGCUCUGAAGGAGCCUCCGUCGCCCCGGGGCUGUGAGCACCGAGGGCCGGUGUCAGGUCUGAAGUGAAGUGGGUUUUGCGUAAGUGUGCGUGUGUGCGCGCGUGUAUGUGUGUGAGAACGCCGACAGCCCUCCUUGCUUCUCUGGAAUUCAAAGCCACCAUGGAUGGGCGCAGACCCCCGACACUCCCACAGAUGAAGCAAGAAAGGGGAGACGUGCCCGCCCCCAGCUCUCCUCCCUCCUCACCUCAGCGAUGACAGAAAGGCGGGGAGAAGUCGCCAUCUCCCAAGAGGCCGCCAGUUGGCGACGGACGAUAGUCGGAUGAUGGGAGGGGACGUUCUUUACUCAGCCUGGUGUGAGACUGUGUCUGGGAGCCCUCGGAAUUCUCUCACCCAGCCCCUUCUUCAAGCCUGGGGGUCCUCUUCUUUCAGGCUUCUUCAGUUUUCGAGGGAGUUGGUGGGAGGUGGCGAAGGCCAAGCCCCCCAGCCUCAGAUCUUCUGAUUUCCUCCUCCUAUCACACACGCCCACACCAUUGGCACACCCCAUUCCCCCAUUGCUUGGCCCCUGUCCCGUCGCUCCCAGGACCCCGAUGGUUCAGCUGGUCUGCUGAGGCUGAGGGACGAUGUCUCCUCAGCCUCUCCCAGGCUUUAGAAGGAGCUGGCACCCUGGGGAGCAGGGGAGGUAGUGGAUUCCUCUGCAAGCCUAAAGGUGGGGGGAUCAGGCUUCCCAGGGCCAGAAGGGGGUAUGGUUUUGUCCUUGCUAGUAACUUUGCCUAGAUUCUCGCCCCAGGACCUCCCGUCUGAGCCCCAGAGGGGGCAGGAGUGUGGGAUGGUAAAGGACCCUCCGCUGAGGUGAUUUUAAUUUCCCCCCACAAUUCCUUUGGCCCUUCUGCUGCUGCUGGGUCACCUAGGCUGGGGGUCUUCGCUGAGACCCUCCAGGAAAAUCGCCCUCUCCCCUCCCCCAGACUUGUAAAACCACACAGCCAAAGGUACUUAGAACUGCUGGCCCAGCGGCAUUGGUCUUUCCGAGCCAUCUGUAGCCUCCGCCACACGGCCACACUCCCCACCGACCUCAGCCGCCUCUGUUGGCCACAGGGGCUCCGCGUGCUGUGGAGAGAAGGAGCUCACUGGCCUCAUCAUCAGGUCCACGGCCUGCUCCCAGAACUUUCCACUAGUUGACCCUGUGGUCUGACCUGCCCCUUCCCCGCUGCCCCCUCCCAUGCCUUCCCCAGAGACAUGUAGCCUACACAACAGGGAAGACCCCCCCUAUGCCCCAUCUUCCAGUAAAAGUAGCUGUCACACUCUCCUAGGGGAUCCCCUUGAGUGGCUUCAACCUGUAAGACCCUAAUACGCCCAGAGCAAAAUAGUGCCUGAGGCCUCUAGCAGCACUCAGGCUCUACCCCCCCCCCCAAAAAAAAAACAACAGAGUUUGUCCAUCCUUGGGGCAGGGGGUCUCAUACCCUCUCAGGCCUUAGGUUUCAUUGGGCCAAAGUCACAUGCACCCAUUGACAACCACAGCCAGCAACUAUAUCUGCAUGAGACUCAUGUCUCCCCUGCCCUUUGAAAUGUCUGGGGGCCUCUCUGAGGCCCACCCCUUAUCCCAGAGCUGUAUCCCCAGCUCUGUAGAGGAAGUUGAAAAUCUGGUGCCUCCCUGUGCCCAUCAGCGUCCCCCCAGACACGUGGCAUUCAUCGAGCAAUUACUUGAACUCAGAGGCCACUUUAAUGAGCCUUAAUAGGAAGAGAAAAUAAUGACAUUGUUUUAGUUUCUUAUUUAAAGUGUUUUUUGCACUCAGGCUGUUUAGUAAAGUUAAUUUGGUGGCGCGGGAGGGGGAGCCCUUUUCAGCAAGGGCUGGGGCUGCAGAGGAGCGCCCCCCCCAAUUGCUCCCACCCACCCUCCAUCCCCCUCAAAUUCACAUAUCCAGGUGUCCCGAGCCACACAGAGUCCAGGGUCAGCAUGCUCGCCAGUGUGUGUGCGCCUGGGCCUAGGGGUGAGUGGUGAGGGUGGGAGAGGAGACCAAAGAGAAAGCUGUGAACAUGGUGGCAGAGAAUGGUUUCCAUUGAAUUGGGCCCACCCCAGCCCACCCUCAUCAGGUCUAUUAUGAGGACGGCAGAUCUGUCCUCCAGGACACGGCUUUCUGCCCUGGUUUCCAUCCAGAAGAUGGAUGAAACGGCCUGCUCAGACCACCAAAGGGGAAUGAAGAGCGUCCCAAGGAGGGUCCCGCGACCACCACAGCUCCUUCCCCCACGCCCUUCUUGCCAAGGUCAGUCGAGUUGCACUGUUUCUCAGAAACGUGAUGAAGUCCCUUUUUCCCUGAUUCGUUUUUUCCAGGGGGUGGAGGAGAGAGGCCGAGGGAGCUGCCUCCCCCAGCACACACUCACACCCCGUUCUCAUCCCGACCUUGCUGGAGGGAGCUUGUCUGGGCUCCUGUUUGUGAGGAAUGGAGAGGAUAGUGGACAGAGGGAGGCGGGAUUGUGGAGCUAUCCAUUGGGAUCCAUCUUGAUUUGUCUUGGCAUGGAAGCCUCCCCUCCCCCUUUUAAAAAAUUGCCAUCUGUGAUUUUGCACAAAACUCUGAAAUAACCAAAA